AUGGCAAGCUCUGAAUCGCAGUUGGACGAACUGAAGAGCGCGUGGAACACGUGUAAAGCCCAUGACAAUGAAAGGUGCAAUUUGAUCGAGCUUUCCGACGCGCAGUCGGACCUUCGUGACAAGAAAGACUUGCUCCAUUUAGAACGUGAGCGUCUCGAUGAUGCCACAAGGCAGUUGCAGGAUUUCCUGCAUGAGAAGGAUGGCCAUAUGUUUGCGUCUGUGUUGAUUGACGGCGACUGUAUGCCGUUCAAAGAUGACCUCGUGAGUCAGGGCCUCGAAGGGGGUCAGAAGACUGCAAGUCUUCUCAGACAGGCUGUAGACGAGGACCUCAAGUGCACGAUGGGCAGCGGGGCCAGCCAUGUGAGAGUUAUUGUUCGAGUAUAUGCCAACCUCAAAGGCCUGGCCAAGACUUAUAAGGAUCACGACAUCCUGUCCGACCUAGCGACGCUCUUCGAAUUCGUGAGAGGCUUCAAUAUGGGUGAUGAUUUGUGUGACUUUGUGGAUGCUGGCAACGGUAAAGAGUGCGCAGACGAGAAGAUCAAAGCGACUUUCCGGAUCAACGUGGUAGACGUCCACUGCCGGCAGAUCCUCUUCGGUGGCGCUCCCGACAACGGCUACGCCCGUCUGCUCGGGCCAUACAAGGAGGAUAAGACGGCCUGUCGACGCAUUACGCUGCUCGAAGGACCGCCCUUCGCGAACGAGCUGGCCGAUCUCAAAGACAGUUUCCGCACCACGGCGUCGUUCGCCAAAAUCUUCCGCAGCGAGAAGCUGCCCACCAUGAAGCGUAGAGUUUCGUUCCGCCUCUCGGCACCUGGAUCUCCUUCUACCAACUACGCCGCCGCUGCGGCGGCGAAACCCCCACCCGCCUCGACUCCCCAGGCCUCCCCGACUGUACCCGGACGCAGCCUGCUCUUCGGGGUGGUGCACCACAACAGACUGGGCCAGCGCGUGGAUGCGCCAUUGCCUCAGUACUCCCGUGAGGACUUCUUCAGCCUGAAAUCGCGCAAGCUGUGCAAUGCGUUCCAUCUCCUCGGAGCGUGUCCGUACGAAGAUAAAUAUGGGAUUUGCAACCACGACCACGACGGGAAGCUGAGCGACAAGCAGCUGCUUGCCCUGGCUGCUAUCGCCCGGCAGUCUCCUUAUCAGAUGGGCUUAGACUAUAGCAGCGCUGCUAUCAGAUCAAUCAAAUCAGAUCAGGACCCAAAUCUAAUCUAA